UGCCCGCAGGGACCGGGGAGCUGGGAUCCUUGCUUUGGGCUGCGCUGGUUUUGCUGCCACGCUGUGCACCUCUGCCAGCCCCUUCCCGGCUGCUGCCCAGCCGAAGGACCCGGAGCAAAGUGGAGGCUCUGUCUUGUGUGCGACACCAGCCGUGCCCUGGGCUGCCAGCCCCAUGCUCCCAGGAGGAGCAAUGCUGCACCCCCAGACACGGUCCUGCACAGCCGACCUGCUGCCUUCCCUGCACAGGGACUGCCACCCUGCUGUGGCCAUCUCCCAGGUAAUGCUGGUGUGGCCAGUUCCAAGCCUGGACCGGGGAUGCUGGGGCUGGCUGCAGCUUCACAAACCCUGGCACAGCUGCCACACUGCAGGGUCCGUGGCCCGGGCAGGCUGGUGUCACUCCUACUGCAAGCUCUCUGGCUUCUGCCACCCUGCAGCCUCUGGAGCAGCCUAGCACCAAGGGGGGACCUGGAUGCAUUUGGGAUUGACAUCGGAAAGGGACCUGCACCCUAACCUCGCAUGAAACCAAGCCCUGCGCCUGGGCCAUGGAUAAAGAGCUGGCCAGGUGAUGGGACCCCCGUCUGGUGGCCUUGCUCCUCACGCAGUGUGACUUGCUCCAGCAGCUGGACUCGUUUGCAAGCGCUCAGCCAAGACAAUGUACCAGAAUUUCCUUUUCCUUUUCUUCCUCUCCUUCCAUCCUCAUAAAUGCCAAGAUCAAAUCCUGGGUGACGAUCCAUAUGAAAUGCCCAAAGACUACCAGGAGGUCUACAGAGGGACAAAAAAUGAUGUCAAAGAGAUCCCAAAGAUUGCAAAGCCCUUCAUUUCUGAGAUGAUCUUUGUGCAAACCAGCAUCACUGCUAUAAGGAAAGGUGCCUUCAGGUACAUGCCCAACCUGAUCAAAAUUUUGUUUAUUGGCAACAAGAUCAAGACAGUUGAACCUGGAGCCUUUGAUAAUUUGGAGAAGCUGAGGGACUUGGAGAUCUCUGGUGCCUCAUUAGAACUAGCUGUGGGCACUUUCCGAAACCUCCCAAACUUGCAGAGACUGGAGCUGAGAGAUAGCCACCUCAGAUACAUCCCCAAAGGCCUGUUUGAUGGACUGGAGAACCUGAGAGAGCUCUCUCUGCACACCAAUGCAAUCCCUUCUCUUCCAGAAGGCCUUUUUGAUUCUCUCCUCAAUCUAACAUUUUUGGACCUGGCUAGAAACAGGAUCACAACUCUUCCUGGGGAUGCCUUUAGCAAACUCCCCCAGCUGCAAGUCCUCCGGCUGUAUGAGAAUGAGUUGCAGGACCUCCCAGAGGGGCUGUUAGACAGUCAGAGGGGGCUGCUGGAGCUCAGUCUCCAGAGGAACAGGCUCAAGACAUUGCCACCCAUGUUCCUGAGGAGCCUGUCUCACCUGGAGAAACUCCUCUUGGACAACAACCUCAUUGGGGUACUCCCACCUCAGGGCUUUUUUGGUCUAAACAAAUUGAAGCUGCUGACUUUGGGUUCAAACCACAUUACAGAGCUUCCCUGCUGCCUUUUUGACAUCAUGCCACACCUGCGGGAGCUGGACCUGGGCAGGAACAGUUUGGCCACACUUCCAGACGGCAUCUUUGUCAACGUCACAUCUCUCGGCAAACUCAUCUUGUCCCACAACCAGAUAGCAGCUCUAACAAAAGGAGCCUUCGCUGGGCUCAGCAAGCUCUCAGACCUCCAGCUGGACACAAAUCAGCUCUCUGCUGCGGAUGAUGAGGUCUUUGUUUCUCUGCCAAAUCUGAAAACCCUCAAUCUUCGGAAGAACCAGCUGGAGAGUGUCCCCCAAGGGCUCCUGGACCCCCUGAAGAAGCUGAGCUCAGUGUAUCUGAGUGGGAACCCAUGGAGAUGUGACUGCAACCUCUGCUACCUGCACAGCUGGAUCCUGGACAACAGUGAGAAGGUCAAAUUGUCCACCCAAGUGUCAUGCAAGAGUCCACCCCACCUGGCAGGGCAAGCAGUGACAUCUCUGAGGGACGACCACUUAAUUUGCCCAGCUACUCUCCCUCUUUCAGCUUCUUUUGCUCCAUCUCUGUCAUUCACCUCCACAUCAUCACAAGGGUUGUCAACCUUGCUGUCACAUGGCGCCUUGCCCACUGCAGUGCCAACCGCUCUGUCAUUGGCAGCCUUUCCCAUCAUGGCACCGCCAACCAUGCUGUCACCUGUGGCCACCUCUGCCAUGUUGCCAACCAUGCCAAAGGAGGCCUUCUUCACUGCUCCAUCAUCAACCAUGCCAUCCAAGGCCUUCAUCACCACCCCAUCACCAACUGUUCUGCCCAAGACCUCCAUCACCACCCCAUCACCAACUGUGCUGCCCAAGGCUUCCACCACCACCCCAUCACCAGCUGUGCUGCCCAAGGCUUCCAUCACCAUCCCACCACCAAUUGUGCUGCCCAAGACCUCCAUCACCACCCCAUCACCAACUGUGCUGCCCAAGGCUUCCAUCACCAUCCCAUCACCAACUGUGCUGCCCAAGGCUUCCAUCACCACUCCAUCACCAACUGUGCUGCCCAAGGCUUCCAUCACCACCCCAUCACCAACUGUGCUGCCCAAGGCUUCCAUCACCAUCCCACCACCAACUGUGCUGCCCAAGGCUUCCAUCACCAUUCCAUCACCAACUGUGCCACUGAAGGCCUUCAACCUGUGUCCAACUCCAGCCAUUAUAAGCCUACAGCCUCCUGGGGCCACCAGCCCAGAGCCUGCGCUGUCCACUCUAGCUUCUGCCACCACACUGGUGCCCACCAGCCCUCUGGCAGCCACCACCAGAGAAAUGCCUCCUGCUCUUCUGGUGCCCACAGAGAGGCCAGCCACCAUACCAUGGGGCACACCCAGCAUCUCCAUUGUCUCAGCCUCCCCCAGGGCACUUUGGCCACCCCACAGGGCUGCUGUGCCAGGCACAGUCCCACUGGCCUCACACUCCCCGUCCCACCAUGCUCCUGUGCCAGGCAGGGAGCAGGACUGUGCCACUGUGUGGGGCUUGUCCACGGUUGGCACCCGGCCUGCUCCCACAGCCCCCCAACAUGCUCCCACCCCUGCAGGCACCAUCCUGCUCCCAACGCCUCCCGUCCCCCUGCUGCCAGACCAUACGAGCCCCUGGCCGACCUCCCCACCCCUGGCCCCCAUCGGCCGUCACGCCUGGGGCCUCACCCUGCGGUCCAGCCCGCGGCGCUGCCAGGUCUCCCUGGCCCUGGGCCUGGCCGCGCUGGUGCUGCAGGCAGGCUGCAUGCUGCUAUGGGGGAUGCUCGCCCUUCUCCUUCACCAAGCCACCUGCCGCCGGGGCCGCCUGGUGCCACCGGUGAGGCUGCUGAGCCUCCACGCGCUGGCUGCCCCACGGCCCCCCGAGCAAGUCUGGGCACCGCUUUGAGCUUCGCUGCCCCGGUGUGAUGUGGGCAACGCCCAUCGUCCUCCUGCAGGGUCUGGAGCCGUGCUGGCGAUGGGGUGCGUAAGCCAUGGGGUGCAGACCGUCCCCCGGCGGUGGGUGCCCAGCACCCAGGCUGCUUUGGGGUGCCUCCCAGCUGGCCCCCGGAGGUGCUGUGGGCCUGGGGAGCCUAUGCACGGUGUCACUGCCUGACGGGCCCUUCUGCCAAGCGACACUAGAUGGCAUCCCGACACAGGCAGUGGCUGACACCGCCUGCCCUGGGCCACUGGGAGCGGAGGGGGCGACCAGUGGCCCCGGAGGCACCACACAGAAAUGCUGGAGACCCCCCAGCCAGCCAGCUGGGGACCUCGCUGGACAUCGGGCACGGCCCGCCCUUUGCUUGCAGGGUCUGGUUGAGGCUCCUGCCUGCAUCUCCUGCCCAUCCCUGGCAGGUACCCGCAGCAUGCAAGCAGUCCUUGGGGAAGGAUGUCCCAAGGCUUCCCGCCCCACGCCUGCCUUACUCCCCACGUUAUGUUACGGGAUGUGUCAGUGCUGGUAUGUCUGUUGUAACACUCUGACCUCUUCCCCUCCCUUUCUCCGGUUCUUCCUCACUGAUAUUAAAGCCUCCCCUGCAUCUCUGCUGUGCACUGAAGGUGACAGGAGUGUCUUCAUCCCAGGGCUUUUCUCGCCGUGACCUGCUGCGGGGGAUUCCUGUUGCUUGCUGGAGUGUGGGGUCCCAACUCAGUGCCGGCCAUCAGGGGCUGGUGUAGGACCAGGGCUGCACACCCUCCUGCAGGCAGUGGCAUAGCGGGACGACAGACGUUAUUUUCUUCCCCCUGUUAAAUCUCGUGUCCCCGAAACCUCUCUGCGAUGCUGCCUGCCCUGGCCUCUCUGGAACAGUAAUGUUUGAGCAUGGUCAGCCACCUGGUUCUCACACCCUAACUUCACCUGAUGCUGAGCCCUGACUGCAGGCUGGGCACCGGCUCUUCAGAAGCGCAGGAGGAAGAAGCUAAUUCUUCUUGUAACUGAAGGGUUGAUGUGAGCUUUUACCUCUGCAGUCCUGGGCUGCCACCAGGGCCAGGAAAGCACUGAACUUAAACAAAAGUGGCUGUUUCUGCAGGUUUUCUGCCAUCACAGAAAGUGCUGAAACUUUUACUGGAAAGGUUUAGCCCAGGAGAUUUUUGAUCUGAUGAAUACAGGGGUUGUUCCUUGGUUUGAGUCUCUGGGUACCUUUAUUUUGCUUUAUUUGGGCAUGUGCUGGGCAAAGAGCUGCAGGGAAGCAGCUCAGAAUCCUCCUGGCCAGGGAGCCCCGAGCGUCCCAGCUCCCCUGCCUGGUGCAAGACCAAGGGAGGGGGAAAGGGGCUUCAUGUUAGGGUAUGUGCCUGUGGCUAUGCGUUAGGGACCUGGAUAUAUGUCUUUGCUAAGAGCCUGUGCAGUGUUACAGGCCCUUCGGCUGCUCCUUGAAGUCCUGCUGACGGCUGUGAAAUACGGGAGGCGAGUGCGGGGCAGCACAUCUGGGCGGGAUGGAGCGAGCAGCUCCAGGGCCGGGGCUGGCACAGCGGGUAAUGAGACGCAGAUGAGGGGAGGGAGUGUUUUUCCUGGCAGUCCAGAUGGGCUCGACUUAAUACUUGAUUUAGAGGGUUUGAAAGCGGGGCCUGGCUGCCGGGGAACAGACCCCGAGCACUUCCCUGGGUGGCGAGGGGGGGUCUCUGCUGGCUUUUCAGAUAUUUAAUGGCCCAGUGCAGUCUAAACAGGGAACUACUUCGGGGUGAGAUUAGCACAACAUAAUCACAUCUUAAAAGGUCUUCAGAGACACAAGGCACAUCCGCUCUUAUAUUAAUUACUUGUUAUUAAUAAAGCUGGGGUCAGGCUUGAGGUGUUCACUCUGGAGCGUGCUGAUUCCCUUUGCAGAGCGGUGGUGUAUCCGAAAGUCUCCACCUGCACCCGUCCCGCUCCGGAAACCAAAUGGCCAACAUUCCUACAGCCACCUUUAAAACUAAUUUGCCCCAUAAUACCCCGAAAGGGCCACAUCUUUCUAAGUGCCCAGAACACCUCCGAGUGCUGUAAAAUAGUAAUAGCCAGGGUGUUCUCAGCACGGGAAUUUCCUGCUAUGAUUGAUUUCUAAUUUGCAAUGAAAAUACAGCCGCCUGCGUUCCCGGGGCCAGGCCGGUGCAGCUGGCUCUCAGGCAGGAGUCGGCUCCCUCCAUGGCUGCGGGGCCGAUCCCUGGAGCGCUAUGGCUGGGAGGAAUUAGAAGCCGUUCCCA